AUGGAGCUUGAUGCUUUCUUCCAAAAACAUCGAAUUGAUUGGAGGUGCAAGGGGCUCAGCAUCGGUUUCAUAGCACCAGCUGUAUGGUAUGAUCAAAACCCGGAAACUGUUAUUCUGGAAAGGAUACGAAAAUUAAGGAAUUUGUUAAUCAAGCAUCCAAAAGUGGGUGUUUCAUCAUCAGAUCGAACCGCGGGAAUCAUUGAAGCGGGUAAAAACAGAAAAAUUGGAUAG